AUGGGCAAGCCGAUGGUAAGAAACCUCAUGACCGCGGGGUACUCGCUGACCGUCUACGACGUGGUGGGGAGCGCCAUGGAGGAAAUGGUGACCGAGGGAGCGACCGGAGCGGCGUCCGCGCGUGAGGCGGCUGAAUCCUCGGCGGUCACGAUCACGAUGGUGCCCGACUCCCCGCAGUCCGAGGCGGCCAUACUCGGGCCCGACGGCGUCCUCGAAGGGACAGCCAAGGGCAACGGUAUCAUCGACAUGAGCUCCAUCGCGCCGAGCACGUCUCAGAAGAUAGGCGCGGCCUGCGACGCGACGGGGGUAGCUUUCCUCGAUGCCCCUGUGAGCGGCGGCGAGCCGAAGGCCAUCGACGGCACGCUCGCCAUCAUGGUCGGCGGCAGCCAGGAAGUGUUCGAUAGGUACGCGGCCUGCUGGACGUGUUGGGCGGCAGCGUGGUGCUCUGCGGCGGCUACGGCGCGGGCAACACGACCAAGCUGGCAAACCAGAUCAUCGUCGCCAUCAAUGUCGAGGCCGUCAGCGAGGCGCUCGUCUGGCGAGGAAGGCCGGACUCGACCCGAACGUCGUCUACGAGGCGAUCAAGGGCGGACUCGCCGGCAGCACGCGUGCUCGACGCCAAGGGCACCAUGA